AUGGCUUCUCGAUCCCCGCCAGUGGGCACCCCACUGCUGAAAUCCCCUGCGCCCGAGACGCCCUUUAAAGACGCGCCAACACCAGCACCGCAAACAGUACCUUUCCCUUCACCACAGACCUUCGAGAUAAUCCCACCAUUGCAUGGGAUUCUUUCUCGCUUGCUCUCCUCCAAAGGUCAGCAAACCGGUUCAUCGGACGCACCCGGGGAUAUAACAGGGGUCUCAGGAGCUUCCCAGGCACAGACCCAACAAGCACCCUCAAGCAUCCCUAAUGGUGGACACAAUGGCAACACUACAUCUUCACAUGCUGUACCAGAAGUAUCAGUCCUCGGUUCAAGCGCUCAUCCGCCGCUCGAUGUGAAAAACCUCCCUACCGAAACCAGCUCUGUCAGGAUUCGAAUCCAGAAGGCUCGUACAGUCGUCGAAGGGCUACCAGAUGUGCAUCGGUCUGUCAAUGACCAACAAACAGAGAUUGCAGAGCUGGAGGAUCGUGUGAGACGUUUGCGCUCUGUCAUCUCUGACUUUGGGAAUCGAGCAGGAAUGCUACAUGAGGAUAAUACGAGGACCGUGGAAGCAUGA